GCUGACUGACGCGUUGCGCCUAACGUUCCCUUCCUUCUCCCAUCCUCCUGAUUCUUUUUUUUUUCUGUCCCAAAACUCUGCGCUAUGGACGACCUCACCGACGAUCAGCUGGUAGCUCUGACUCGCUUUCGAGAUAUGACAAACGGAGGAGACGAUGAAGUCGCGGUUAGCGUGCUGCAGUCUGUAGAUUGGGAUGUCCAAAAAGCCGCAGAACUCGUUUUUGGAACAACAAACCCACCACCACCACCUCGCCAGCAACAAACAGCUACCACUCAUAUCCAACCAUUUGACCAUAUAGAUGACUCUGAACAAGGUUACCUUCUCGGUGGAACAGGAAGACCCACAACCGGCAGCGGAAGAUACCCUCCAAACUCCCCAACCCUCUUCGGAAUCCUUUCCUACCCCUUCCGAAUCCUCUCCUCUCUCAUCAAACUCGUCCUAUCCAUCCUUCGAAUACCAAUCCCUUACAUCCCAUUUCUCUCUCUCAACUUCUACCGAGGACGUGGAGGUGGCCUUGGUGGGGGCGGUGGACGUUCCAACAGAGGUCCUGAAAGGUGGAUUCGAGAAUUGGAAGAAGAAACCGGCGCGAUAUGUAUCGGAAAGGCAUCCAGAGUCGGUCUUUCGUCUGCAAUGGAGCUUGUAGAAGGCGAACCUGGGCCUUCCACGUUGACUACUCGAACGGGCGGUGGUGCCAGUUCGGGUGCAGGAACAGACCUAGGAAAUGGGAGAAAGUACUUACCAGACUUUGCUCUGGGCACGUACGAUGAAUUCUUAGAGACGUGUACUCGGGAAGCAAGGAUUGGAUGUGUUAUCCUCGUUAGCGAAGAACACGAUGAUAUUGCGGAAUUCAAGAGAACAACCCUCACAGACCCAACGUUCGUCAACCUCCUCACCACCAACAACGUCCACACUUGGGGCGGUGACGUCCGUGACACUCCCGCAUUCACAGCCUCUCUCAAGCUAAGCGUGACAACGUACCCGUACGUAGCGUUCGUCGGUCUCCAACCCUCCCGUAGCACCCGCCCCCACCUCAACUCCAACUCCUCCUCAACUUCGGAUCCCAUAACACAAUCCACACUAUCCAUUCUAUCUAGACACCAAGGUCUAUCCUCCACAACUCCCGAAGCGCUCUGCACACACCUCACAGAAACCUUACUCCCCCGCGUAUCACCUUACUUGGAACGUGUCAGAUCUUCUCGGGCUGUAGCAGAGAGGGAGAAAGAAAGACAAGAGGAGGUUAGGAGGAGUGAAAGGAUGAUGAGAGAACAACAAGAUCAUGCUUUCGAAGAGUCUGCACGACGCGAUAGAGAGAGGAUUUUGAAAAAGAUUCAAGAGGAUGAAGAGAAGAAGCGCGUUGAGGAACGGGAAAAACGGGAGAAAGAGGAGGAAGAGAGGAAGAAGCAAGUUGAGAGAGAAUCCGCCGAGAGGAGAGUUCGGGAGAGAGCACGGAGGAGGGAGUGGUUAGGGGAUCGGUUUUUCCCUUCUUCAGAAGAGGGAGAAGGAGAUGUUAGGGUUGCCAUUCGUAUGCCAGAUGGGAAGAGGGUCGUUAAAAGGUUCCGUGGGGAUGCAGAUACGUUGUCGUCCGUUUAUGCGUUCGUGGAUGUUCAGCUUUUCGAUCCACGGUCUUAUGAAGGCUCUUCCUCCUCUUUUUCUGCGUUCCCGUCUUCGACAAACGUACACGAAGCCAUUCAAACCCUCAUGCAAAACUUGGAAUCGACCACAGAAGACCCCGCUACGUGGUGGGGAUUCCGUCUCGUUUCAGCUUAUCCUCGGAAGGAAAUUCCUUGGGUUCCUGGGAAGCCUGUGUAUGUGAGGGAUAUACCAGAGUUUUCGGGUAGAGGUGGGGGGCAGGUUGUUGUCGAACUCAUUAAUUCGGGUGACUCGGGGAGCCCGAGGUCAAGUACGGAUCGGAAGGGGAAGGGGAAGGUGGAAGGUGGGGAUGAUGGGAGUGAUGGGUAUGACACGGAAAGUGAUGAGUAGUUUACUUCAGUCUGUCAUUCCUUUACAGAAAAGAAAGGGUUUAUCAUUUUCCUUCAAAAGCGUGUUGAACGUCAUACUCUAUUAGUAUUUCACUAGACGUAGAUAAAGUUGGACAUGUGAUGCGCGCCGCGGUGGUUGCUAUUAACCCC